AUGCCUUCUAGUCACUUGCUUCUCGAGGAACCCAUUAGGAUGGUCUCCAUCCUGGAGCCAUCCAAGCCUAGUUUUUUCCCAGCAAUGACCAAGAUUGUUGGUACUCUGGGUCCUAAAUCUAGAUCCGUUGAAACUAUUUCUAAUUGUCUCAAGGCUGGCAUGUCUGUGGCACGAUUUGACUUUUCGUGGCAUGACCCUGAGUAUCAUCAGGAGACAUUGGAGAACCUGAAGGUUGCUAUCAAGAGUACUAAGAAGCUAUGUGCUGUUAUGCUGGACACGGUGGGUGCUGAGAUGCAGGUCGUUAACAAAAGUGAGAAAGCUAUCUCGCUUGAGGCAAAUGCUCAGGUUGUUCUAACUCCUGAUGCCGGACAAGAAGCCUCUUCUGAAAUAUUGCCUAUCAAUUUUGAUGGCCUGGCUAAGGUAGUGAAGAAGGGAGACACUAUUUUUAUUGGUCAAUACUUGUUCACAGGAAGUGAAACUACUUCUGUAUGGCUAGAGGUAUCUGAAGUCACAGGGCAAGAUGUUGUUUGUAUUAUAAAGAAUUCGGCUACAUUGGCUGGGUCACUGUUCACUUUGCAUGCCUCUCAAAUUCAUAUUGAUUUGCCUACACUCACCGAGAAAGACAAGGAGGUUAUAAGCACCUGGGGAGUUAAAAACAAAAUUGAUUUUCUGUCAUUGUCAUAUACUCGACAUGCUGAAGAUGUUCGCCAGGCACGCGAAUUCCUUUCAAAGUUAGGUGAUAUUAGCCAGACUCAAAUUUUUGCAAAGAUUGAAAAUGUUGAGGGAUUGACCCAUUUUGAUGAAAUUUUACAAGAAGCUGACGGAAUUAUCCUUUCCCGUGGAAAUUUGGGUAUUGAUCUUCCACCAGAGAAGGUGUUUUUAUUUCAAAAAUCUGCCCUUUACAAGUGUAAUAUGGCUGGGAAGCCUGCUGUGCUUACACGUGUUGUGGAUAGCAUGACUGACAACUUGAGACCCACCCGUGCUGAAGCCACUGAUGUUGCCAAUGCUGUUUUAGAUGGAAGUGAUGCUAUACUUCUGGGUGCUGAGACUUUACGUGGGUUGUAUCCUGUUGAGACUAUUUCUACUGUUGGCAGAAUUUGUUCAGAGGCUGAGAAAGUUUUCAAUCAAGACCUUUAUUUUAAGAAGACUGUCAAGUAUGUUGGAGAACCCAUGUCCCACUUGGAAUCUAUUGCAUCCUCAGCGGUACGAGCUGCAAUUAAGGUGAAGGCAUCUAUUAUAAUUUGUUUCACUUCAUCUGGAAGGGCUGCGAGAUUGAUUGCUAAAUAUAGGCCGACCAUGCCAGUUCUAUCUGUUGUAAUACCCCGACUAAAGACAAAUCAGCUAAAGUGGAGCUUCAGUGGAGCUUUUGAGGCAAGACAAUCACUUAUUGUGAGGGGUCUCUUUCCUAUGCUUGCUGAUCCUCGACAUCCUGCUGAGUCAACAAGUGCAACAAACGAGUCUAUACUUAAGGUUGCCCUUGAUCAUGGAAAAGCAUUGGGAGUUAUAAAAUCACACGACCGGGUAGUUGUUUGCCAGAAACUUGGUGAUGCAUCUGUGGUUAAGAUUAUUGAGCUUGAAGAUUAA